AUGGACGGCGGGAAGAAGAGCCGGGACCCGUACAAGCUGCCGCAGGAGCGCAGGGACCGCAAGUCAGGCUCCGGGAUGAGCGGCGACGCCAAGAAGGGCGGCCGUGGCGGCAAGUUCACCUGGGAGGGCGCCGACGGCUACACCGACGAGGAUCUUGACCUCAUCGGCAACAAGGGCAGGGGGACCGGCGCCUCCGACAACAAGAAGUCCUAG